AUGACGACACUGCAGCUUGUGACAGGGUUAUUCAACGCGUGGGUACUUGCGCAACUGCCUGCGCUCGCGCUUGCGCGCACCUUUACUGUGACGAACUCAUGUCCUUUCACGAUAUGGUACAUGUUCACGGACCUCAGUGCUGGCACAGCUGUGCCCAACUUUCCAACUGGAUGGGAAGCGCCGCCCACGAAUUCCGUCACGUUCGCCGUCCCCGAUAACUGGAAAGCCGGGAGAAUAUGGGGUAGGAGAGACUGCGACUUCACGAUCACGACUGGCCCCACCUGUCUCGACGGGUGGUGUAAUGGCGGACUGCUUUGCGAUCCCGCCACGGGAACUGGUGUGCCUCCCGCGACCGUCGCAGAAUGGACGCUCCAGGGUGAUGGUAAUCGCGAUUUCUACGACGUAUCUCUUGUCGACGGAUACAACCUUCCUAUGGCUGUCACCAACUCCGCGAAUUGCCCGGUCGCCGACUGUCCAGUCGACCUUGGACCCAAUUGUCCCGCACCGAUACAGGGCCCGUUCGACUCAACCGGUUUCCCCGUGGGAUGCAAGAGCGCUUGCGCAGCGAAUCUGGAUGGAGACCCGACCGACUCUGCAAACUGUUGUUCAGGCAGUCAUGACACCGCUGCCACCUGCCCUUCUUCAGGAGUGCAGUACUACGGCUACUUCAAGGGGAACUGCCCGAACGCGUACGCGUACGCCUUCGAUGAGUCCAGCAACACAGCGCUCUGGACAUGCGACUCUGGACUGAAUGCGGACUACACCUUAACGUUUUGCCCGUGCGUCGAAGGGUGA